AUGGAGCAUUACCCGGAUCAGGGUUGUGAUGGCCUUGAGCUGCUUGACUGGCUAUUUGAUCAAAAUAAUGGUAUUCUCCGUCACGAAGAACCAGGACAACACACUUGGCCAAUCCAGGACCCAAAUAUGUUGCAGCCACCCGAACAGCCAAACGAUGACUUUCUCAAUGCGCUCCUGCGUGGUGGUGAAUCUGUGUCAGCCUCUCCGCUCUGGUCACCAUCUCCCAGUGACAGUGGGAUCAGUGAGGACCCUCCAUCAGACCAGAUGGACAGUCCUCAGCGCCCUGAAAGCCCACCCGGGGACUCCCAUUUCUUUGGUACAAGACCACUAACCAAGGCGGCCCUGGAAGCCAAUGUCCCCGCUGACUUCAGUGGCUGGAAGCUCAGCUUUCCAAUGGGCAAGACGAGGAUUGCACAUCCUUCUGAUGUGCAUACAUCACAGCUUUCCUCUAGCUUCCCCCUAACUGUCAAAGAUCUGCUAUUGUCGGGCACGUCUGAGCCAACCCCAAAGCCGACCCAAAAGUCCAUUCAAGAGCUGGUUCUCAAUGAAGAUGAGAAGAAGCUUUUAGCAAAGGAGGGAGUCACUCUGCCCACCCAGCUGCCUCUCACAAAGUAUGAAGAAAGGAUUCUGAAGAAAAUACGCAGAAAAAUUCGCAACAAGCAGUCGGCUCAGGAGAGCAGAAAGAAGAAAAAGGAGUACAUCGAUGGGCUGGAAAGCAGGAUGGUUGCUUGCAGUGCACACAACCAAGAGCUACAGAGAAAAGUGUCCCAGCUGGAGAAAUGCAACAUGUCACUAAUGGAACAGCUGCGCAGGCUGCAGGCCCUGGUCAUGAAUACAUCUAAUAAGCCAGCCCAGACUGGGACAUGUGUACUGGUGCUCGUGCUGUCCUUCUCCCUAAUACUGUUCCCAAACCUCAAGCCCUUAUCUGACUCCAAAGUCAGCCAAGGAGACUUCACUCCAGUCAGAAUCCAGUCACGGUCCCUGCAGAACCUUCAGGCUUCCCGCAUACUCCAUGUCACUGAAUCCCCAUUCUUCGCCGAGGAUGAAUCAGAGCCUCUGCACCGGCAUUACCCAGAAGACCCGGGAUUGGAAGAUUUGACCGCACUGAUGGAGAAGAUGGCAGUAGACCAAGAACAAUCCACUUUGGAGUCCGUGUCUCUCAACAGCAGUCAGGAAGACAAAAUUGGUCAUUUCCAUGUAGACCCAAUUACUGGUCACAUCGCUACGGUGACCUUGAAUCCCCAUCGCUCUGCCAGGUUACAACCACACGCUGAUGGUAUGUAA